GGUGUGUAUAUCAACAGCACGGCUAGGCGGAUGUGUGAGGUUACGUCUGCUGGCAGGCGGCUUGAAGUGAGCACGUGAAAUAUUUCUUUUUAAGUGGACGUGUCUGGAUUUUACACACGUGCAGUUUGUAUCGAUAUUCACCCGUGUUACAUUUUGUGUGGGGUAAAUCAGAAAGAUUCAAUCGAUUUUAAAGCUAAUUCAUCAAUCGUGGGCUGUGAUUGGGGUCGAAAGGGGAGGACACUCUCAUGUAAAGUUGUGAUGUGCCUGCCGUGUUGACAUGUGGCUAGCAGACGAUCAGACAGUCGCUCUGACUCAAGCUGAUUUUUCUUCGACCAGUGGACACAUUGAUUUCAGGACCUGGGACCGUCCUUCUCUAGUUAUGACAGUUAUCGAUACUAAACUUAUCGAAGACAAUUAGCGAUACUAAUUUUAUUAAGGAAAGGUAUCGAUACUAAACCAGUUGCUUGUGUCUGCUCGCACGUGAGUAGAGACCGUGACGUCACUGAGUCAUGGCCGUCUAUGUGAAAAAAAAACCAACCAAAACUUAAGGGAGAGAAGUGACUCUCGCGUUGCUGUCACAAAGCUAAAGGGAGAGAAGUGACUUGUGUGACUAUUUUAGUCAAAACCUUUGAUAUAAUCCUGACUGAGUACUUUAUAUGGAAUAUUUCUUUCCUAAAAACGUGCCCGGAUACUGGAAAAGGAUAUACGAAUAAAACGGCCCUCAGGUAGACGGCCCUCAGGUAGACGGCCCUCAGGUAGACGGCCCUCAGGUAGACGGCCCUCAGGUAGACGGCCCUCAGGUAGACCAGCCCCAGUAGCCUCCCGUCAGCCGGAAGAUGGACGCCAACGGCACAAAGGACCCUAAGCCGCCCUCCACGGACGUGGCCGAGAAGACCAGCGAGCUGCCCGAGACACGAGCGAGGUCCGAGUCGACCUGGACGACCCGCAGCACCAUCAUGAGCACCCAGCGGCCCAUCUACCACACCCGGACUGUCAGGGACCAGUACCUCAAACCUGUCGAGGUCACGCCCAUCAAGGAAAAACUGAUUCGCAAGGUCAAGGACUGUGGUCGUUGCAACAAGACCAAGGUCAAGAAGUGCACCAUGGGCGUGUUUCCUUUCCUGCGGGUCAUGCGCAGAUACAACUGGAAGACGGACUUGCCCAGUGACGUCAUAGCCGGUCUGACGGUCGGAAUCAUGCAGCUACCCCAGGGUAUGGCGUACUCCAUGCUGGCUGACCUCCCACCUGUUGUGGGACUCUACGUCUCCUUUUUCCCUGUCAUCAUCUACUACUUCUUCGGGACGUCUAAACAGGUCUCUAUGGGUACUGUGGCUGUGGUGAGCCUGAUGGUCGGGAGUGUAGUCGCUUCACAGGCGACCCAGUGGAGGAAGGAGCAAGGCCUCGGCGUGGGGAAGGAGGUCAACAUGACCCAGACCAUGAAGGAGGCGGAGAUCUCCUUCAAGAUAGGGAUAGGGGCGUCAGUGGCCUUCAUCACAGGCCUGGUGCAGAUCGGCAUGGGUGUGUGCCGGGUAGGAUUUGUGACGACAUACAUGGGCGACCCGCUGGUCAGUGGGUUCACCACAGGGGCUGCUGCCCAUGUCUUCACCAGCCAGGUCAAGAACAUCUUCGGUAUCAGCAUUGCCCGCUACCCCAACCUGAUGAACCUCAUCUAUAACUACAUCGCCAUGUUUAAAGAACUUCCCAACACAAACAUCGCCACUCUUGUACUCUCAGUCGUCUGUAUGAUAUUUUUAUACGUCGUUAAAGUUUACGUCAAUGACAAGUUCAAGGCCAAAUUAAAGAUGCCAAUUCCUGUGGAACUAAUUGUGGUGGUGGUCAGUACUCUGGUGUGUCACUAUGGGGAGUUCAAGAAAAGAUGGGGCGUCAAAGUUGUUGGGAGGAUACCCGCAGGCCUACCUGAACCAAGUUUCCCAACUUUUGUCAACAUUGGUGAAUAUGGUGUGGACUGUAUCAUCAUAGCUGUGGUGGCCUUUGCCCAGUCUGUCUCUCUGGCCGUCAUCAUGGCAAAGAAACAUCACUAUGACAUAGACUCUAACAAGGAACUAAUUGGUUAUGGAGCUGGUACACUAUUUGGCUCCUUCUUUGGCUGCUACCCAAUGGCUGCCUCAGUGUCCAGAAGUUCUGUCCAGGAUUCCGCUGGGGGGAAGUCACAGCUUGCCAGUUUGGUCUCAGCUUUGCUGGUGCUAAUUGUUAUCCUAUUUAUUGGUCCUUUGUUUGAAAACCUACCAAAUUGUGCUUUAUCUGCCAUUAUUAUCAUUGCCUUAAAAAGUAUGUUCAUGCAAGUUCUGGAAGUGAAGACACUCUUUAAAACAUCUAAAAUGGAUUGUUUGAUCUGGCUGGUUACAUUUGGCUGUGUGAUAAUCCUCAAUGUUGACAUGGGUCUAGUUGCUGGCAUUGGGUUUGCUUGCUGCACCGUAGUCAUACGUUCACAAAUGGCAAAAGUCACAACCUUAGAAAAGUUGAAGGAGUUGGAUGAAUACAGACCAAUAUCUCUUUAUUCUAAGACAGAUCCACAUCCCAGUAUUCGUGUGGUGUCAUACAACUCUCCUCUCUAUUUCGCCAACUCAGAACUUUUCCUCAGCCAUAUACACAGAGAAACUACGGUCAAACCUGAAAGAAUGAGGAAAGCCCUAAAAAAACUCAUGACAGCAAAUGAAUCAGAGAAUAGCAAGAAGAAGCUACCAGACUCCAGUAUUGUGGAAAUGGAAACUGUCACGCCCCAGCCUCUUUCUGAAUUGUCCAAUGGGGACUCUCAUCCCAGUAAUGCUGACAUGUUGGAUGGCACCAGGGUGUCUGUGAUUGGCCCAGCACCCAGCCUAGACCCACGCCCAUUCCUGUAUCUCAUUAUUGAUUGUACAGCUUUCACCUUCAUAGAUCCUGUUGGCAUAAAGGUUUUAAAACAGCUAAUUGAGGAUUACAAAACAGUUGGGAUAACAACAUAUUUAGGUGGAGUAGGAGACGAUGUUUGGUACACUAUGGAGCAAUCAGGUUUCACAACUAAGUAUGAAAGAAUUAUUUUCUUGACCGUACGUGAUGCAGUACUGGCAGCCGAGGAGGACAAACAUAAACGGUCGCACCCCAUCCCAGGAUAUGAAACAAAUGUCCCUUCCACACUAGAAAGAGAAUACAGUAAUCCCACAAUGCCUCUUUUAAUAAAAGAGGAAGAGGAAGAAAGUGAGGAAAAUGGUAUAGAUGAUAAUGCUUGGACAAAAACAGAAGAUGUAUGACCAGCAAGAAUUGUGAUACAGUGGCCAUCUUAGAUGGCAAUGAGACCAUCUCAGAAAAAUUGUGAAAAACUAAAGACACUGAUGUGUAUAGAGAGCAAGAUUCUGAACUUCAGAUGUUUUGUCUAGCUCUUAAAUGGACUAGUCAAACAAUUACCUAUUUGGUAUAGCUAUACAUAAUUAUUUAUUCAAAGGAAACAUACCAUAUUGUAUUGUACAACAAUACGAAAAAGUAUUGCUAUAUAAAAAUUGUUCUGAUUAUAAUUAUUAUUGAUAUUAUAUACUGUUAUAUUUUUUAUAUUAUAAACAUUUUAAUUGCAGCCUACUUAUUUGGGAACAAGUAAAAUGGUUUAUGAUUUGUACUUUCAUUAAUGUAAUAAUUAGAUGUGUAGGCUCUACUCUACCAUCAUUAUGUAGUCAUUAAUGAUGGAUCAGGAAAUAAUUUACAAGUGGACUGUUACAGUAUGGCACAUCUGUUCUCUAGAUUCUAAUACAAACACAUUUCAAAACUCUAUUAAAUAAGAUUGAUCAAACAGUAACCUUUCAGAAGUGUCAAUCUAUCAACUGGUAACCUUUGAAUAAUGCCAAAUUAUCAUCUGGGUUACAGAAGAUGAGAAGAUCUAGUACCAUCUUGAAAACUAUUGUCAUUUUUUAUUUAUCAUUCAAAUAAUAUAUUUAUCUACUUUUUCAAAUGUUGUGAUCCCUAUUUUUUGAGUGUUACUUUUACACAAGUUUAAGAUUACUGUUAUAAAUAUUUUGUUAUGAUAAAACAUUUUUGCAUUUGGAAAUUGUGGGAGUUAAUAUUCUUGUUGCUAUAAAUAAAUCCAUGGAAAAUGUUAAAGAUGUCAUGCCUAUGUAUAGUUUAUAAAUAUAUAAAUAUAAUUUUUAAAAAUGUGUUGAAGCAUUUAAAUCCAGCUAGAGUUGUCUGUCUUGACAUGGUUAGUUUAGAUCCUGUACAUCUAUGUGGAGAGAGGGGGUGGGUUAGUUUAGGGUGGUGUGGUCAAUCUAUGGACAUUUUUUUUUUUCUGGUAUCAAAAACAUGGAGCAUUUUAUUAAAAAAAUGGUGUCAAUGCUAACGGACGCAGCUGUGAUAAUGGUGAAUGAAAUAUUUAAAAUCUGGUGCCAUGUUAUUAAAAUAAAUAUGGUUAUAAAACCUGUUUUUUUAAAUGGAGAACUUAAGAUUGGGUGUACUUGAUGUGUUGGUAUUUUUGUCAAGUAUACACAAUUUUAAAACAGGCAAAAACAAUUUGGUUGUUUAUAUUUGGUCAUUGAAAAUUUACAUAAACAUGGAAUAACUAGGCCACAUGGUUUUAAAAAAAAAGUAUAAUUUUAUUAAAAAAUUGUAUCGGCAAAGUUUUGAGAACAAAUACUAUGAAGUGGGGUUUUCAAAAGAUAAAUCAUGGAGUUUCUGUACAGCCAAACAAUGUUUGUCUUACAAAAGUGAUACUUCAGGUUAUAAUUUAGGCGUGAUGUAAAUAAAUAGGAAUGUAGCCUUAAACUCAAUUUUUUUUUCAAGUUCUUUGUAUUUGCAACUUUAUAACCAUAACAUUGAUUCUAAAAAAAUUUAAUUUCUGAAUUAUUUUCAGGCUUAGUUGCAUUUUUUCACAUUUUUUGGCCACUUUGAUGGUAAAAUCUAAACAACAUGUUUUUUUAUCCAUGUCAACAGUAAUGAUCAAACCCAACUCAUCUAACUUGGCUGCCUCCAUUAACAUAAAUUAAAUUUUCAACAAAUGUUGAUUAAAACUACACUGUUCAUUAAUUAUUUUCUUUACUAGAGUGUAGUAGACAUCUUUGUAAAAUUUCUGCACAAAACAAUAUGUAAAGCUUAGCUUACUUUUGGUUUAAUUUGCUGCUUAAGUUGUCUAAUAUCCAGGUCUGUUUGUAUCCACAUGAGGAUUUUUGUGUGGAUGACACUGGAUACAUUAUAAACCACACAUUGUUGCCUUAGAGUACUGUGGCCUCAUUGAAGCCUAUUUAGAUGCCUUUUAGCAUAACAACAAAGGAGUAUUGUAGUCUUUUUAGUCUGGUCUCACUUGCAGUAUUAUACCAAGGUAAUGUUCAAAGGUUCUGUUAGUCCAAAGUAGUUACCUCAGGGUAGGCCCUACAGUUAAUGGGUACUGUUAGCACUCAGUGGUGGUACCCUAGGCUACUGUUACCUGGUAAUUAACUAGGGUACUGUUACCAUGCCAUACUAUAAUACUAUAGUCAUAGUUAUUGGGCUCUAGGGUACUACUGUUACAGUUAUCUCAGUGUACUGUUAAGCGGGGUACUGUUGGCCUUGUAACUAAUUAAGAUAUUGUUCUGACAUUCCAUUCCUUAUGGACAGAGAAAGACCAAUCUGAGAAAAUCCAGUAUUUUGUAGACAAUAUCCAAGAAUUUCAUUCAUGUCUUAGAUUUUGUUCAGACCAACUUUAAAAAUGUACAUACAAUCUUUUUACAUGAUUUAAAAUCUUGCACGCUAACAUACCCAGUGAAACUGUUUAACAUGAGCUUAUUUUGGCGAUGUAAAAAGAAAUGCAACAAUUUUUCUACUUAACAUAUAAUUUAUUUCAAACAAUAUGUUGACUGUAUCAUGCUGUGUCAUAUGGGUUAUUUCUGUGUUCGAUUGUUGCACAACCUGCCAUAAUUCAGUGUAUCAUGUGAUUUUUAUGCCACGUGAUUUUAUGACACGUGAUUUUGUGUCAUGUGACUGUUUUGUUACUCCAGAUUUUUAUUUAUCUACUGUCACAUCUUCGGCUUCUGUGAUGUAUUUUGGCGUGGUACACACCUAAGGCAUAUUCACGCACACACACACACAGCAGCCUACACAUUUACACAGUAUAGAUUUACAAAUUAAGGCUUACAUAAAUACACACAUGACACAUGUAAACACACGUACGCUGUUACACUUGGUGGAUUUAAUUUUUAUCGAAUAGAUAUAAUUUUUUCCACUGUUCAUAGGCCUAUAUUAAAGUUGAUUCUAUGUUGACGUCAAUAUCAGGUUUUUAAAAUCUUUAAAUUAUAAUUGGUUUUCUUCAAUAACGAGUAAACAUCAAUAAAAAAAAUAAUUUCUGCAGUU